UUAACUGGACUUGGAUCUCGCUCCACCGCCACAGACUCUGCCCUGCCGUCGCAGCAGUUCCCCCUUCCCCACCCUCCGUCGCUGUCGCCACGGUUACUGGCGCACUACCGUGCUUCGGCGGGCAUCAGUACUGGUAUUGGUAUCAUUGAUUUUUCUAGUGGUCAGUUAAAGGAGGUUGGAGAUUGGAAAUCUCACCAUAGCUGGUACUAGCACACAGUGGUUAAUUGGUACUUCCUCUCUCCAACACUCCGCCGUCGCCUUCAGCAUUCGAACACUCGCCGUCAACCUUCCCGGGUUCAAGGUCAUUUCCGUCAAACCUCUGGUUUCGCUCUUGACUCUCAACAAGCAAGCUCUAUUUACUCUAUAAAACUACUUCAAUUUUCAUCUCCCUCUUCGAUCAUCAACGUUUUGCGAAUGGAAGACGACAUGGAGAAACUGAGCAACUCAGAAGAAGAAGAAGAACUCAGAAGCACAACCUUCCAACGCUUGAAAUCACACUCUUUGCAACUUCUCGACCUAAUCCGUAACCCUAACAAUCAGAACCAGAAGCAUUUUUCUCUUGUUGUAAUCCCGGAACUCCUUCAUUUCCUUCACAAUUCUUCAUCCUCUGAUUUACAACCGUUCUUUGACUACACUUUGUUCCCGUUACUUCUGCUCCUCGACGCCGCAAUUCAAUGCAGAUCAUCUCAGAAGGUUGACUCUCAGGAAAUGUAUGUCCCCAAAACACCUUUUCAAGUGAGUGAUGGCAUUGCUGAAGGCGUCGUUCAUUGCUUGGAGGAACUUCUGAGCAAGUGUCAUUUGAAUUCUGUGGAUCAGAUGGUUGUGCUACUGAAGAAGUUAACUUAUGGGGCUUUGCUGUCACCGUCCGAGGCUUCAGAGGAGUUUCGUGAAGGAAUUUUGUUGUGUUUCAGGGCACUGCUUUUAAGUUUACAUUCCUGUUGUGAUGUGUCAUGCUCAUGUAAACAGAUUACUGGUUUGCCUGCACUCUCAGAUAACAUUUAUAAUGAUAGACUUCAUAAAACCUUCAAUUAUGGUUCAGAAUCAGGAGAAUGUCUACUUGCAUUUCUCCGGUCUGAAGCUGCAUCAGCUGCUGUAGGACACUGGCUAUCACUUCUUCUCAAAGCUGCAGAUACAGAGUCUGCAAGGGGACAACGAGGUUCUUCAAGACUUCGAAUUGAAGCCUUCAAAACUCUGCGGGUGCUUGUUGCUAAGAUUGGUUCUGCAGAUGCAUUAGCCUUCUUUUUACCCGGCAUUGUUAGUCAGUUAGCUAAAGUUUUGCAUGCUGCAAAAACAAUGAUAAGUGGGGCUGCUGGAAGCAUGGAGUCUAUUGAUCAAGCAAUUAGAGGUUUAGCAGAGUUCCUUAUGAUAGUACUCCAAGAUGAUGCUAAUGCAUCUGUCCUGGAUACUGAAACGUCUUCAAACUUUGAUUCAAAUGAGUGUAAAUCUAGUAUUUCUCUUUUGGAGGAGCUCCGUUACUUGCAAGAUAAAGAUUGUGCUAAAACAAAAUCUUUUGAAGAUAGAAGUGUAGAGUCAGAAAACAUUUCUUGUUCCCAAAAUCAACUUCAAGGAAUAGGGAGCACCAGUCCUGUCAAAGAGAACAAGUCUUUGCAUGUGACCCGAACAAAAGAUUGGAUCCAGAAGACGUCAGCACAUGUAAAUAAGCUGUUGAGUGCAACUUUCCCACAAAUCUGUAUUCACUCUUCACAAAAGGUGAGAAAGGGACUUGUUGAGGCCAUAAAAGGACUAUUAUUGGAGUGCUUCUACACACUGCGGGAGAGUAGACAGAUGCUUCUGGAGUGCUUAUGUGCUUUGGCUGUUGAUGAAUCUGAUGAUGUCUCUUCAACUUCACAAGAUUUCCUUGAGUGUCUGUUCUCACAGAAUCGGAAAACUCUUAUUGAACGUGAUGCUGCCGAUAUAUUUAUUAGGCACCUUGAAAAGCUUCCCAAAGUGGUGCUUAGUAAUGAGGAGUCAAAUGCGGUGUUACACGCUCAACAAUUAUUGACAAUAAUAUUUUAUUCUGGUCCUCGUCUAUUGGUGGAUCAUCUUCAGUCUCCUGUAGGAGCUGCUAAAUUUCUGGAUGUGUUUGCUACAUGUCUAAGCCAUAAUUCAGUGUUCUCUGGUUCGCUUGGAAAAAUUACUUCAAGUCGAUCAUCAACCCUCGGAUACCUUCCCUCGAUUGCUGAGUUGAAAUCUGGAGCUAAUUUCUUUAGUUAUGGUCUUCCCCUUAUAAAUUCUGGUUCAUGUGAAGCCCCUAAGUGCAGCCUUAUUGAAGAAAAAAGUACACAAGGACCUUUUAAAAGUGCACACGAGAACAAAAAGCUUCCUCGUAUGCCCCCUUGGUUCAGUUAUGUUGGUAGUCUUAAGCUAUACCAGCCACUUUCAUGGAUUCUCCGACUUUUGGCUUUAUCUUCAGUCGCAGAUCAUAGAAGUGAAGGUCUUCUGUCGCAUUUGACUGAAACUCUGCUUGGUUACUUCCGUAAAUUGGUUACUGACCUCCGUUUAAAAGAAUACAAAAAAGAAAGCUGGCAAUCUUGGUAUGACAGGACUGGUUCUGGACAGUUAUUGCGGCAGGCAAGCACAGCUGCAUGCAUGCUAAAUGAGAUUAUAUUUGGUCUAUCAGAUCAAGCAGUGAGUGAUUUUGCUAGAAAGUUUCAUAGGUCUUCUAUUAGCACAAGAGGUCAGGAUCAGUCUGACAAACUUGAUUGUUCAUUGUGUGAAUCUUUCUGGAAGAUGCCAAAGGAUAAAGGUGUAAAAAGUCGUUUAGUUGAUUGCAUUGGUGAGAUCUUACAUGAGUAUCUAUCUGCUGAGGUGUGGAAUGUCCCAGUUGAUCGCAGAGUUGCUGACCUGCAGCUUGAUUUUGCUGUCGAAGAUAUUAGUCUAUACUUUUUCCAAGACUCCGCAAUGUUACAUGAGGUUAUUAUUGAUGGAGUUGGUAUCUUUAAUCUAUGCCUCGGAAAAGAUUUUGUUUCAAAUGGAUUUCUUCACUCUUCUCUUUAUUUAUUGCUGGAGAAUCUCAGUUCUUCAAACUCCCAAGUUAGAAAUGCUGCAGAUACAGUCUUGCAUAUACUUUCCUCCUCAUCUGGCUAUCCAACGGUUGGACACUUGGUUUUGGAAAAUGCAGACUAUGUGAUUGAUUCAAUAUGUCGGCAAUUACGCCAUUUGGACCUUAAUCAUCAUGUGCCAAAUGUGCUGGCAUCCAUACUGUCCUACAUUGGAGUGGCUAACAAGAUAUUGCCACUACUGGAGGAACCGAUGCGCUCCGUGUCAAUGGAACUCGAAAUACUGGGUAGAGAUCAACAUCCGCAUUUAACUGUACCAUUUUUAAAGGCUGUAGCAGAAAUUGUGAAGGCAUCAAAACAUGAAGCCCGUCUGUUGCCCCCUCAGGCAGAGUCAUUUGCCAUAGAUGUCAGGUCUAUAAUCUCCAAUGCUGAAGAAACAACGCAAGACCAAUGGGAGGAUGUUUCAUUGAAGUUAAAUGAUUCUAGAAGAUAUAGACGAACAGUUGGUUCCAUUGCUGGUUCAUGUAUUACUGCAGCAAUCCCUCUUCUAGCUUCAUUCAACCAAGAGAUAUGCUUGGCCGCCCUGGAUAUAAUUGAGAGUGGCCUGUUGGCACUAGCAAAAGUAGAAGCAGCUUAUAAACAUGAAAGAGAAAUUAAAGAAGCAACAGAAGAAGCACUACAAUCACUGUCAUUGUAUCUGCUGAAGGAUACUUUGGAUACUAUUGAAGAAGGGGCUGAUGAAAACAGGCUGCUUCCGGCAAUGAAUAAAAUAUGGCCAUUCUUGGUUACUUGUAUCCAGAACAGAAACCCAGUGGCUGUCCGGAGAUCUCUGAAUGUGAUCAGCAAUGUUGUGCAAAUCUGUGGAGGAGAUUUCUUCACACGUCGUUUCCACACUGAUGGGACACACUUGUGGAAACUUCUGACGACAUCCCCAUUUCGGAAAAAGACCUAUUUCAAUGAUGACAGGACCCCUUUACAACUUCCUUAUAGAAGCAGUUCUGUAAGUUCAGAGGAUUCAUUGGCUGAGACUUCUUAUCUGAAGGUUCAGAUUGCAGUGCUUAACAUGGUUGCGGAUUUAUGCCGAAAUAAGAGGAGUACCUCAGCGUUAGAACUUGUUCUGAAGAAGGUAAGUGGUCUGGUUGUAGGGAUAGCUUGUAGCAGCGUAGUUGGACUUCGCGAUGCUUCCCUAAAUGCCCUUCAUGGGCUUGCAUCUAUUGAUGCUGAUCUUGUGUGGCUUCUCUUAGCUGAUAUCUAUUUCACUGUAAAGAAGACAGAAACUUCGCCUCCGCCUAGACCAGAUUUACCAGAUAUCUCUGAAAUCCUCCCUUUCCCUUCAUCUCCCAAAGAACAUCUAUAUUUGCAGUAUGGGGGGCAGAGUCAUGGUUUUGACAUAGAUAUGGCCUCCGUGGAGUUUGUUUUCACGAAAGUUAAUUCUGAAUAUGAAAUGUAUGGUUGAUAAGAUCAGAAGUCAGAACUUGCACAUAUAAAACUAUAUGUAGCUUCUGCUUCUCCAUUCCUCCCCUCCCAUAAAGUCCUGAUUUCAGUGUAUUUAGCAAUGGGAUUGGAGGUAAUUUUAGUUAGUCACCCACCCUUCCCUAUUCCAUUCAAUGUCAUAAUAUAGUAUUAAUUAUUUCACAUCUGAAAGUAUAGAAAGUAAUGUUAUUUUAAAGGGCAA